CGGAGCGGAUGGGGGCGCUGGAGGAGGCUGGUCCUCUCUCGGAGCUCCUGCUUGCAACUCUGAGCGGCUUCCUGCUCUCUCUCCUGACAAACGGCUCAUUCUCAUCGCUGAUCACGUGCUUCGCUCUCCGGAUCGGCUGCAGGAAGUUGGACUUGCUGCGUUUUUUCCCUCCUCGCUCGUCUUGACAGCCUUGUUUUCUCCUCCCCCUUUCUCCUGUUUUCCCUCUGGCUUCCAUCUCUCUCUUCAGCCGGCCGUGAGAGAGAGACAAGAGCCGACAAGCUGGCUCCGUGAAGCCGCAGGAGCUGGCGGUGAUCACCCCCCCUCCUUCUCACCCCGGACACAGAGAGCAGGUCAUGGAGGCUCUGGCGGAGGAGAAGGGGCUCUGGGCGUCGGACGACUCGCAGCCCCUGCCUACUUUGAGCCCGGCCGUGCCACCCUACGUCACUUUGGGCCUGACGGUGGUCUACACCGUCUUUUACUCUCUCCUCUUCAUCUUCAUCUACAUCCAGCUCUGGCUGGUCCUGCGGUACCGACACAAGCGCUUCAGCUACCAGACCGUGUUCCUGUUUCUGUGCCUGCUGUGGUCGGCGCUGCGCACCGUGCUUUUCUCCUUCUACUUCAAGAACUUUGUCACGGCCAACACUCUGGGACCCUUUCCCUUCUGGCUGCUCUAUUGCUUCCCCGUUUGCCUGCAGUUCUUCACGCUCUGCCUCAUGAACCUGUACUUUGCGCAGGUUAUUUUUAAGGCAAAGUCCAAAUAUGCACCGGAGCUUUUGAAGUACAGGCUGCCACUGUAUCUCACCUUCCUGUUCAUCAGCCUGGUGUUUUUAGUUGUCAAUCUGGUGUGCGCCCUGCUGGUGAGGAUGUCCUCUGCAGAAGCCCACACCAUCGUGCUGGUGAGGGUCGCGAUCAACGACACGCUCUUCGUCCUGUGCGCCAUCUCGCUGGCCUUGUGUCUUUACAAGAUCGCCAAGAUGUCGCUGGCCAACAUUUACCUGGAGUCCAAGGGGACAUCAGUGUGCCAGGUGACGAUUAUAGGAGCCAUCGUCAUCCUUCUGUACGCAUCCAGGGCCUGCUACAAUCUGGUGGUGUUGGCACUCUCAAACAAGAGUAUUAACUCCUUUGACUAUGACUGGUACAACGUUUCAGACCAGGCAGACCUACAGUCGACUCUGGGCGACACCGGCUACAUCGUCUUCGGAGUGAUCUUGUUCGUGUGGGAGCUGCUCCCCACAUCUCUUGUCGUUUUCUUCUUCAGAGUUCGACAGCCUAAACUGGACAGGAGCGGCACUGGGCUUCCUGGUCACAUCUUCUCCUCUAGGGCCUAUUUCUUUGACAACCCGCGGCGUUACGACAGUGACGAUGACCUAGCGUGGAGCAUAAUGCCCCAAAACAUCCAAGCCAGUCUCGCCGCCGACAGUUAUGAGUGGGGGAGCCAAAGCGGCGGCAUCGGCGCCUACAUCGGCGAUGACAGUUGCAACUUCACUCCUCCAGAGGAGCUCAGCCACUACUGACAGAAGGCCAUGAUGACUUCCUCGGACCUGUGGCUUUGU